CUGUCAGUGGUGACACCUCGGUGGUACCCACUCCACGUGAUGAAUUCGGUGCCAAGGAUCUGCGUUCUGUCCUGAAGCUUCGCCCCGACCAUCCAACGCGUCCACUUUGGGUCGGCCCCGAUGGACAUAUCUUUCUGGAGACCUUUGGUCCGAUAGCCAGUCAGGCGCAAGAUUUUCUUAUUGCCAUCGCGGAGCCCGUCUGCCGACCCGAGCAUAUACACGAGUACAAGCUGACAUCUUACUCUCUUUAUGCGGCUGUCUCCGUUGGCCUGCGAACUAAUGAGAUUGUUGGUUGUCUUCGCCGGCUCUGCAAAACAGAACUCCCGCAGGGCAUUAUUGCCUACAUUCGCUCUUGCACCCUCUCCUACGGCAAGGCCAAGCUGGUCCUUAAGGGUGGCCACUUUUAUGUGGAGAGUGCCUACAAGGGCUUCCUCAAACGCCUAGCCAGUGACCCCGUAGUCAAGCAGUGUCUCAUCCAAAUGUUCAAGCUGUACGCGGCGAUCGAUGCCGAGGAUGACGAUCUCGAGACAGAAGAAGGCAUGAUGGCAGGCCAAGGAGAGGCAGCUGUAGUUGGAUCAACUGGUGACGCGGAUGCCCUGAACCUCCGGGCAAUCGGUAUUGAGUCCACUGCGGAUGAUAGAGAAGAGGAGGAAGCUGUGAUUGGGGAGGACAACGCUGACGAAGACAAGGACAAACUGGGUGGCGCAGUGGGUGAACCCCUUGGGCGCACCUUGGCCAUCGAGGUGAAACAGGACGACAUUGAGCUGUUGCAGAGACGCUGUGUAGAGCUUGAAGUGCCUCUUUUAGCAGAAUACGACUUUCGACAAGACAAGCUGAAUCGUGAUAUCAGUAUUGAUUUGCGAGCAAGCACCUCGCUGCGACCCUAUCAGGAGAAGAGUCUACGUAAGAUGUUCGGCAAUGGGAGGGCCCGUUCUGGCGUCAUUGUUUUGCCUUGUGGUGCCGGGAAGACACUGGUUGGUGUAACAGCUGCCUGCACCGUUCGCAAACCCACCCUCUGUUUGUGUACCAGUGGUGUAGCGGUGGAACAGUGGCGAUCCCAAUUCAAACUUUGGUCCACAGCCGAGGAUAGUCAAAUUCUGCGCUUCACCAGUGAUGCCAAGGACCGACCCUCUGCCAGCGGAACGUCUCAUGGAGUGGAUGAAAAGCCAGGAGUGCACACGAUCCCGGCCAAAAUGUUUCGUCGCGUUCUGACGCUUGUUCAAGCGCAUUGCAAGUUGGGACUGACGGCCACUCUUGUCCGCGAAGAUGACAAAAUUACUGACCUGAAUUUCCUAAUCGGGCCCAAAUUGUAUGAGGCCAACUGGCUGGAACUGCAAAAACGCGGUUUUAUCGCUAAGGUCCAGUGUGCUGAGGUCUGGUGUCCAAUGACCUCCGAAUUCUAUCGCGAAUACCUGCAAAUGAAAAGUAUGAAGAAACAGCUGCUGGCCGUGAUGAACCCAAACAAGUUCCGCGCCUGUGAAUACCUCAUUCGUUAUCACGAGCGGCGCAAUGACAAGAUAAUUGUUUUCUCGGACAACGUAUUUGCCCUCAAGUAUUAUGCAAAGAAGAUGGAUCGCCCCUACCUCUAUGGCCCCACCAGUCAGACUGAACGGAUGCAAAUUCUUCAGAAUUUCCAGUACAAUGCUAAAGUAAGGAUUUGCGUGCCUGCUCUCUCGUUGCUAUUUGUCCAGUUCAGUUUAUUUGGUGAGGGUAAUAGGCAAAUGCCUUUGAAAACCCGAUUGAUUAAAUGCCGGUGCGUCGUAUACAUCUGUACAUGCAUGCGUAACAUUGUCACUAUUGAAAUAGUACUGACAAACAGCGAGUAG